CUCCAGGCUAUAUGGAUCACAAUUGCUCCCGAAGGUGUCGUUACCCUGGAUUUGGCAAACAUUGUCAGGGCAAUUGCCUAUGUAAUACAGAAUAUUGCUAUUUUCGGAUGGGCUGCGCAAAUUCUAUUGAAAAUUCAACACAUUACAAUGGGAAGAAUAUUUCAUCUCGACCCGGUACUUUUUUCAAAAGUACAAAUAAAAUAACACUAGUAGCUAUCAUAGCUUCAGCGUUUCUAUUAUUUUUAAUUUUAACAAAAAUUCUUCUCAUUCGUCGAAAAACCAAACAUACUGCAGCACAAGCAGAUUAUUCUGCUACCCUUGAAGAGAAUGAUUUGUAUAAUGCGGUGGACGAAUUCCCUACAGGGGUAGGCUCGCAGAAUUGCGCAGUGGAAGAUGUUAAUCCUACAAAUAAAGACCUGCGAAAAAUGGACUAUAAAAAUCCUACAGGAUUAGAAAGAAACAUUGAGAAAAAGAAAAUAGAGAUUUUGAAAAAGAAAUCUGAAGUUACAAACAUAAGGGAGGCAGAAAAUGUAUAUACUCUAACAUUUGCGUCUUUUGGAAGUGAGAUGAUGAGAAAUUCGGUUCACGAUUAUUCCCCACUUCAAUACAGCUAGUUAUCUUGUGUCCUUGUUAACCUAAUUUACAUUUUGUAAGUGCUUAUCAAAGUAUG